CGCCAAUUGGCAAGGGUUGGUAAAGGGGAGGGGUGGGUUGGUUGCCCCACAUAGCCACAUUGGCUAAGCUGGUUGGUGACGCCUUCCUCCACAUAGCACCUACUUGUAGGUAGUUGAGCGUGCACACACGUACAGCAACCUAGCUUGGCUCGGGAUUCCAUCCAACGACAGCACGGCAACAAUCCGCUCACCUCUUUCAAGGAGACGACGAACACUCGACCACAGAACACAAGGCUUCGCUUCAGUUCUCCCAACGUGACAAGUCGCGGCCAAAGCCAGCCCUCUCCCGACGUCCGGCUCCUCGCCCAGCGCUGACUGACCCCUCAACGCCACCGCCGCCUGCCUCACCACCAUGUCCAUCAUUCAGCAACACACGUCGGCGUCGCUCAGCGACGCCUGGCGCACCAUCAACAUCGACGCACUGCAGGAGGACUCGUCCGUCAACUUCGACACCUCGACCCUGCACCCACCCCUGCCUGAAAUCGGCGAGGCCGAGGUGCGCUCGCUCGCGGGGCAGGUUAGACAGCUGCUGCGCGGCGGGGACGCUGAGGGCGCGCUGAGGGGCUGCCUGGAGAUGCCCGUGUACAACGGAAACGACCUGGCAAAGGAAGCGCACCUGCAGACCGUCGUCGAGGUCCUCCAGUCGAUCAAGGCGAGCGAGAUGACGCCCAUGCUCCAGCGCAUAUACCAGGGCGACGGCGGUAGCGAGCUGUUGGAUGUGCUCAUGAAGUACCUGUACAAGGGCAUGGCGUCGACGACGUCCGGAGGCAGCGCUCCCCGGACCCCCACCAAAGUGACCCCCCAGCCUACGGGUUUCAGCCAGGUCGGCGGACGGCCGGGUGCGGCAAACGAGUCCGCCGGCGCGGCUAUGAGCGUCCUGCUGAGCUGGCACGAGAAGGUAGUCGACGUUGCUGGGCUUGGGUGCAUAGGACGGACGAUGACGGACUGGCGGAGGGUGUAAAUCUGCUUAGAGGAGCGCUCGAGCAGAACAGCAAGAAGCCUCACGAAGCUGGCGGGUUCGCCCAGGUCGGGUAAAGGAUCCCCGUGGCCGCCCUCAUGCGCCGCACCAUGUCGCGGGAGGAAUACACAUUCGAGAAACACACGCGGGCGUUGUCCUGGUAGACCAUUUCGUCGUUUGAUGCAAGCUCAAUGGCGUCUGAAAAUUCGGGGUUCACUCUCAUGGGUAUACACAAUACUUCGCUUUUCAAAUGAGAACAAGGCGGCCCAGAGAACUGGUCGAAUGCUUCGUUAGAA